AUGCCACUGAAUCUCCCGGGAAUACUCGUACCAUUUCACCUUCUCCUGAACCCACGCCUAGUUGUUCCCCAUCUAGUGGUGAAAGAUAUUCGCCAGCUUGACUUUCGGGAGCUCCGUCGUGCUGGCUAUCGCGGUGCUGUAUUCGACAAGGACAAUUGUUUGACGCUACCACACGAAGAUGCGCUGGUGCCAGAGUUAACGGAUGCAUGGAAAGAAUGUUGUCAAACAUUCGGGUCAGGAUACGUCUUAGUCGUCAGCAAUUCCGCUGGGUCACAUCUAGACGCAGGAGAAAUUCAGGCUGAGGCGGUGUCGCAUCGCCUUGCAGUGCCCGUACUCCGACAUACGUCCUUCAAGCCAUCAUAUUCCUGCAUCGCAUCGAUACGUGCCUACUUUGCUUCAUUACCAAGUCCCGUUCGCGAUGAGGAGCUCAUUAUUGUUGGAGAUCGCCUCCUGACGGAUGUGGUCCUCGCCAAUCGCAUGGCAUGCAAGAAGAGAAUUCAAGCGAAGCCCCGACAGUUAUCUGGGGAGCAAAGUGUUACCAUAACUGAAAAACAGAGUUAUGUACUCCACGCUACCACUAGAAAUUCCUCGGGUCCUCUUGCGAUAUGGACUAAUGGGGUGUGGAAGAGAGACAGCCCAGUCGUGCGUAUUCUGGAAAAGCAGAUAUUGAGGGGGGUAGACAGCUGGAUCUUGCGUGGACGUGGAGUCCUCGCGGAAGCGGAUGCGCGGAACUUUGUACGGAACCUUCCGCAGGCAGACGUCCCAAAACAAGAAGGGUUGUGGAAGAAAUUAUGGCACAGGUUCAAAGGGUCGUAG